AACGAACAGCUAGGAGGAGAGAAAGAGAAGGGGGGAGAGAUGCAGAGAUGCAGCAGAUGAGAGAGAGAUCCAGGCAGAUUCCACACUGAGCUAUAAUAUAGGAAAGUGGCAGAGAGGGUUCAAAAAAGGCUUCAAAAUUAUCUGGAGAGCUUCAAGAUCUUAUACUUAGUACUAAGCUGUAAAAAAAAGGGGAAAAAAAGGCUGUGAGAAUAAAAAGAUACCUAGAGGAUGAGGAGAUAAUAAGAGAGGGAGAAUAACAGCAAGAUUUGGUAAUAUGUAUACAGGAGGUCGGUAGAGUAUAUGGAUCAGAAUACAAAAAGUGAUUGCACAGUUGUCUUUACAAAGUGAUAGAGAUUAAACCAAACUGGAAACUUAUCUGAGCUCUGAAAAUGAGAUGUGUAGCACAUGGAAGGAGAAAUCGAUCACUGCUAGUCUAUAGAAGAGGUAAAGUUACUUUACAGGGACACAAAGUCACAGCCAGAGUGUCAGAAGAAGGGACUGUCUGUCUGAACUGUCACUGUGCCUGGUACCCGAGUGCAGCUCCAGCAAACUCCAAGCCAAGUGAGAGCGUGGAUUGUCAACCAGGGGGUGGCUAAAGACUCUGCUGCUAGCUACAUGUGAUACCCCAAUACUUUUCCACAAAGAACAUUAAUGUCAACAUUUCAUGAACCACAAAGGACAAAUUGUGCCACAUUGAAGGAGCUGUUGUAGAAAUAUAUAUAUAUAUUUUUAAAAUCAAGAAUAACCAAUAGAUUUCUGGGCAUCUGUGAUGGGAACGGUAAAGAUUCUAUAAUGGAGCUUUUAGGAUUUCAGAUGUCAGAUCACAAGUUUACUUCAAAAGCUGACCAGAUCAGGAUUGUGUCCAAAAAUCGAGCCUAGCCCAAAAGCUACAAACUUCAAAAUCUCAACUCUCCAACCAUUUUUUUUAUCUUACAAAAGAAGUUUUAUGUAAAUUUACAAACACAAAAAGUGUCUUUGUGAAACAAAUAUCCAAAGAUAUGAUCUUGGAGAAUCACGGCUUACAAAAAUGUAUCAGGAUUUUCAAUCUACAGUGAUGUCUUCAGAUGGAUCUUGGAUGGUUACGCAAGCUGGACUGAGCUAAGGAGUGCCUUGUUCUACAAGAUUUCGGUGUCUGUCUGAUGGAACGGAACUGUUGAAACAACAAUGGACACAGUUCGUAGCAGUAGGUACAGCAUUGUAUCCACAGAUGAGGAAGGCCUUCGUAUGCCAACCCUGGGUCUCAAUGGUCACUGGUCAUCUUCUCUCCACCACCCUCAUUCACGUCGGAAAAGGCGUAAUCGUUUUGUUAAAAAGAAUGGUCAAUGCAAUGUCUACUUUGCAAAUCUUAGCAACAAAUCACAACGUUACAUGGCUGACAUUUUUACAACAUGUGUUGACACACGUUGGCGAUACGUGCUGCUUAUCUUCUCAGCUGCUUUCCUAGCAUCAUGGCUUUUCUUUGCCUUUCUCUUCUGGAGCAUUGCAUUCUUUCAUGGGGACUUAGCUGUUGUGAUUCCAGGAGUGAGAUCAGGUCCUCCCAAACCAUGCCUAAUGCAUGUUAAUAGCUUUGUUGAAGCUUUUCUCUUCUCAGUAGAGACACAGACUACAAUAGGGUAUGGGUUUCGUUGUGUGACUGAUGAAUGCCCUUUAGCCAUCCUUGCUGUAGUAGCACAAUCCAUCCUUGGCUGCCUCAUUGACUCUUUCAUGAUUGGUACAAUAAUGGCCAAAAUGGCUCGGCCCAAAAAACGAGCCCAAACGCUACUUUUUAGUCAUCAUGCUGUAAUUGCCCUAAGAGAUGGAAAGCUCUGUUUGAUGUGGAGGGUUGGAAAUCUACGCAAAAGUCACAUUGUAGAAGCCCAUGUCAGAGCUCAACUGAUCCGACCUUAUGUUACACAAGAGGGUGAGUACCUGCCCGUGGACCAGCGGGACUUGAAUGUGGGCUAUGACAGUGGACUGGAUCGCAUCUUCCUGGUUUCACCCAUCAUUAUAGUACAUGAGAUUGAUGAGGAGAGCCCUCUCUAUACAGUGGGAAAGGAGCAGUUAGAAGUAGAAGACUUUGAGAUUGUUGUUAUUUUGGAGGGCAUGGUGGAGGCCACAGCUAUGACAACUCAAGCUCGCAGUUCGUACUUAGCAAGUGAAAUCCGCUGGGGACACAGGUUUGAGCCUGUUGUAUUUGAGGAGAAGAAUCAUUACAAAGUGGAUUAUUCUCACUUUCACAAAACCUACCAGGUGCCAGGGACACCUCUUUGUAGUGCACGUGAACUGCACGAGAGCCGUAUAACUGCUUUACCUUCCCCAAGCGCCUUCUGCUAUGAAAAUGAACUGGCUCUUCUCAGUCAAGAGGAGGAUGAGGAUGAAGAAGCUGUUGGAGGUGUACCAGAUGAAGGAGUUAUCCAUGUUAUGGGGAGUCAUUUAGAACUUGAUCGCCUUCAGGCUUCUAUGGCAUUAGACAACAUUUCUUAUAGAAGAGAGUCAGCUAUAUGAUGUUAAUGCCAAGACUUGGAGUACUUUUCUAAGACCUCACCUAGGCAGGUGGUGGCGUACUUUUAUGUGUUUGUCUGUCUCUCUUUCCUGUUAAAGUAAUUACCUUUUUGCACUGCAAAAAAAAAAGUUCAAUUGAAAAUGUAUUGACUUCUCCAGCAGAUUGUUGCCACUUUUACAAUUAUGAAUAUGUAUGCUCUGAAAGCAGGGAACAUCAGCCAUUUUCCUUGUGUUCUUGAGAAAGGGAACAACAGGGCUGGGUACAUUCAGUGUAUAAAAAUCUUUUGUACAGAUGCAAGUUAAAAAUAAACAUCUAAUCUGUGCUCUUCCAAACCACA